GCCCACAGGGAGCCAGACUGGGGCUGUUUAGGGGUGCCCUCCUCCUGGUCACUGCUUUAUUUUUGCUGAUUUGAAGGCAGUGAUUGCAUUCUUCAGUUGCUUUAUAGGGUUGUUGCCUGAUGUGUACUGUAGUAAAUAGCUAUACACGCUCUAAAGCAGUGUGUAGUGCAAGUACUGCCUUAACUUUGUCUUUCCCCUUGUAUCAGUAUGCUAUUCAGGUGCCCAAAGCUUGCUAACUUCCAUUUUGAUCUGAAUGGCUACAUCUGUAAGCUUGUGCAUAGCUGGUCUGCUCUCCAAGACAGCAGGGAUGAACCUAAACUCUACACGUCCGUUAUUGAAGAUGUGAUAGAAAGUAUUCAGGACCUCUUUGCAGAAGAGGGAGUAGAUGCGCAGGUUGUGAGAAACCUGAAGGAGCUCUGGGAAACCAAGGUGAUGCAGUCUAAAGCAACAGAAGGCCUCUUCAAACACAGCCACCAUUCUUCACGCGUAACUCUACAGUUUCCACACAAUUUUCAUCAUGUUUUGCAGGCUUCAACAGCUCCUUUAGUUAUCUCAACUGGAGGAGGCUUUCAGCAUUUGGUGGCAGCAGACCUGGGUGCUUCACAGAAAGGCGCAACUCUUACUCUCCCUUCCAGUGUUGCUUAUCCCAUACAUGUACCAGCUGGACUGACUCUGCAGACAGCCUCUGGGCAGCUUUAUAAAGUAAAUAUGCCUGUUAUGGUUGCACAUGGCCAAGGAGAUGCAACUAUUCUGCAACAUCCUCUUCAGCAGAUUGGCCAACCUUCAGUUCUGAAUACAAAUGUUGCUAGCAUUGCGCCCAUGGGAACAUCUUCUGUCCAGGCAACUGCUGAAACAUCGCAAACCCUGAAGACUGAAGUCCAGCAGACUGUGGUAUUUCAACCGAGUGCCUUGCAGAAUAAAAACCCAGAGAAUUCCACCGAUACUGUGCUGUUUCAGCAGCCUGCAGUGAGUCAGCAGGAGACUGCAACUAACACAGUGUUGAAUCAGUGUGCAGAGUUAACAGAAAAAUCCCAAUACAGCAGUCUUCAUACACUUGUGUUUACUUCAGGAUCUUCUGAAGUGUUUUCUCCUGCUGAAUCCUUGGCAAAUGACCCAGGCAGUGUACUGCAGCCAGAUGUGGAGGGGCAGUUAGAUGUGAAGCCUCAGGAAUCAGUGCAACAGCAGGUGUCUGAUGAUAUAAUUGAGCUGAUUAUAAGGGGCAAAAGUUUAGAUGAUAACGCUGCUCUGAAAGACCAGGACAGCGAGGCCUCCACAGACAAGAUGGAACCUACUGAGCAGGUGGAAUCUGAUUUACAAUCAGAGAAGGGUAUCUCCAGUGACACUGAAGGCAUAAUUCAGCUAGAUGGAACUUGUGAUGGUUCCCCCAAGAAAGAAGUACCACAUACAAACGGCAUAGAAAAGAAUGAAUUCAUUGACAUUAUUGAAUCAGAGGGUCUGAAGAUUCUGGAGGAUGAAGAAGAUGAAGAAGCUGACAGUAUUUCAAACUCUGAGUCUAGCAGCAGCUGUGGCAAUGAAGAGUCCCAGGCAGACAUUGUUGAGGAGGACCCAUUAAAUUCUGCUGAUGAUGUCAGUGACCUGGACGUUGCAGACUUGUUUGACACCAACAAUGUGAUAGUUUGCCAGUAUGAGAAGAUACAUAGAAGUAAAAACAAAUGGAAGUUCUUCUUAAAAGAUGGAGUGAUGUCCUUUGAUGGUAAAGACUAUGUUUUUGCAAAAGCUAUUGGAGAUGCAGAGUGGUGAAACCUCACUGUCGUAUGUAUGUUAAGACUGGAAUUACUCCUUUACAAACCAUCUGUGAAACAACUGGACUUUCUAUAUUUUGCCAUAAAAUCCCAUACAGUUAGCUAAAAUAUGUAAAACCUUUGUUGCCUAUGCAUGCAAAUUAAAAUAGUACUGUGAACUGAUAAACAA